AUGAAGGUCAUCCAAUGGUCACAUCUAGCAGACAAAUGGCCUCAUUUGAAGCACAUUGAUUUUCCAGACACCGGUUUGAGACCUAUCGUGGAUUUGCUGAUUGGUAUUGACUACCUUGACAUGCACUAUUCUUACGAAGAAGUCAGGGGACAAGAAGGAGAGCCCAUUGCCAGACGAACGCCAUUGGGGUGGACAUGCGUAGGAUGUCCAGAAGGCAAGAAGAUCCCUGAUACCCAUUUCAGCAAGACGACUUUGUUUACUACAAGCAGAUCUGAUGUCGAUGAAAUCAACUCAACAAUGAAGAAGUUUUGGGAUAUCGACUCAGCUGGAACGUUCACCCAGACAACAGUGGUGAGUCCUGAUGAGAAGGCUGCAUUGGAAAAAGCUGAGAAUUCUUUCAGGUUCAUUGAUGGUCGAUAUGAAGUUGGAGUACCAUGGAAAGAAGAUAGUUAUAGAAUGGUGAACAAUCACAAAAUGGCAAUGAAAAGACUUCAGAACACCGAGAAACGUUUGCUCAAGAACCCAGAUGUGAUGAAGGCAUACGAUGAAGUCAUUGAUCAAUAUUUGGACAAAGGAUACAUACGAAAGGUUCCAGUCUCUGAGAAGCAACCUGACAGCAAGUGGUAUCUUCCUCAUUUUGCUAUAUUGAAACCCAACAAAGCGACCACCAAGAUCAGAAUCGUCUUUGAUGCUUCAGCAAAGUAUGAAGGGACAUCCUUGAAUGACAUGAUACAUUCAGGCCCGAAGCUGCAACGAGAAUUGUUUGAUGUUUUGCUACGCUUUAGAUGUCAUCCCGUCGCUGUUGUCUGUGACAUUGCUGAGAUGUAUUUGAGGAUUCAGAUUCCAGAAGCUGACCGUGUGUAUCAUCGAUUUCUUUGGAGAAGAUGUGACCAGGACAGAGAUCCAGAGGAGUAUGAAUUCAGCCGAGUGGUGUUUGGUAUAACAAGUUCACCGUUUCAAGCACAGUUUGUGAUUCAAAAGCAUGCUCAGUUGUACAGAUCAGAAUAUCCGAUGGCUUCAGAAACUGCACUCAAGUCAACCUACAUGGAUGACAGCAUUGAUUCAGUACAAGAUGACGAAAAGGGAAUCCAACUGUAUCAUCAGCUUGCAGCUCUAUGGAACAAGGCAGGCAUGCAUGCAAGAAAGUGGCUCUCUAAUUCUCCAGAAGUUCUCUCUGCAAUCCCAGUAGAAGACAGAGCAUCUGAAAUUGAUUUGGACAAUGGAGAGCUUCCAACUGUAAAGACCCUUGGAAUACUUUGGCGAGCAAAGGAGGAUAUUUUCAGUUUUCACUCAAGCCCACCUGAAGAAAAUCAAAUCAUCACAAAGAGAUCGUUUCUGAGAACCAUUGCAUCAUUGUUUGACCCUCUUGGUUUCUUGGCACCAUUCAUCGUUAGAGCAAAAGUGGUAAUGCAGGAAAUCUGGCGACAAGGCUUCGAUUGGGAUGAUGAGCUCGAUGGCGAAGUCAAGUCAAAGAUUCAGAGUUGGUACAGUGAACUUCACGAGUUGUCAAAUCUUUCAGUGCCAAGAUGUCUUCACACUGGCAAGCAUAAAGAUGUUCAAUCAAUGCAAUUACACGUUUUCAGUGAUGCAUCAGAAGAAGCUUAUGGAGCUGUUAUUUAUGCAAGGUAUGUCUACGUUGAUCAUGCAGCUACUACUAAUAUUGUCGCAGCAAAGUCACGUGUUGCACCACUGGCAGCUAUGAGCAUUCCAAGGAUGGAACUAAUGGGAGCAGUCACAGGACUUCGAUUGGCGGUAUCGGUAGCGAAUGCAAUGCAAGUGCAUGUUGAUACAAGCGACCUGAAUCUAAAACACGCAUAUUUCUCGUGUACAUAA